GUGACGUAGGAAGAGUUCCGGCUUCGGCCUCCGCCGCUGCCGCCGCCGCUACUAGAGCCGCCGCCGCUGCCGCCGAAGCCGUCGGGGCUUGUUAUUUCUAAAAUGGCGCCCCUAGACUUGGACAAGUAUGUGGAGAUAGCGCGGCUGUGCAAGUACCUACCGGAAAACGACCUGAAGCGGCUAUGUGACUAUGUUUGUGACCUCCUCUUAGAAGAGUCAAAUGUCCAGCCAGUAUCGACACCAGUAACAGUGUGUGGAGACAUACACGGACAGUUUUAUGACCUUUGUGAACUAUUCAGAACUGGAGGUCAGGUUCCUGACACAAACUACAUAUUUAUGGGUGAUUUUGUAGACAGAGGUUACUAUAGUUUGGAGACCUUCACUUACCUUCUUGCACUAAAGGCUAAAUGGCCUGAUCGUAUUACACUUUUGCGAGGAAAUCAUGAGAGUAGACAGAUAACACAAGUGUAUGGAUUUUAUGAUGAGUGCCAAACCAAAUAUGGAAAUGCUAAUGCCUGGAGAUACUGUACCAAAGUUUUCGACAUGCUCACAGUAGCAGCUUUAAUAGAUGAGCAGAUUUUGUGUGUUCAUGGUGGUUUAUCUCCUGAUAUCAAAACACUGGAUCAAAUUCGAACCAUUGAACGGAAUCAGGAAAUUCCUCAUAAAGGAGCAUUUUGUGAUCUGGUUUGGUCAGAUCCUGAAGAUGUGGAUACUUGGGCAAUCAGUCCCCGAGGAGCAGGUUGGCUUUUUGGCGCAAAGGUCACAAAUGAGUUUGUUCAUAUCAACAACUUAAAACUCAUCUGCAGAGCACACCAACUAGUGCACGAAGGCUAUAAAUUUAUGUUUGAUGAGAAGCUGGUAACAGUAUGGUCUGCUCCUAAUUACUGCUAUCGUUGUGGAAAUAUUGCUUCGAUCAUGGUCUUCAAAGAUGUAAAUACAAGAGAACCAAAGUUAUUCCGGGCAGUUCCAGAUUCAGAACGUGUUAUUCCUCCCAGAACGACGACGCCGUAUUUCCUUUGAGGCCUUCGCCCAUCCUGCUGACCCAUUUUUCUUCCCUCUUCUUACCCCAACUUUCGUGUAUUACCCUCUACAAUAUACUUUUUAUCAAGCACUUUGCUGCUGAAAUGCUGCCUCUUGCCUUUUUUUUUAAUUUUAAAUUAUCUAAAUUUAUUGUUUGUUAUGGUGUCUAUAGCAAUGUUUUUCUAUCAAUUUUCUCCCCCAUCCCAUCCCCACCUUGGACUCAUUUGAGAAGACUUGAGAAAUGUCUUAAUACUCACACUGCUGCAUGUAGCUCUUGCUUAUUUACUGGUCUGGGGGAAACAGGAUGUGUUUCCUCUUUUUUAAAAAGCCAAUUGACAGAACAGACUACACUGAAAUGCUCCUCCUUUUGUAUCAUUCAGCCUUUUGUUUUAGUUUGGUAAGUUUUAAGAAAUUUCAGCAGCAAAGUUGUUAUUCAGUGGGCACGAUGGACUGCAGAUGCCUCGAGUUAUGUAUACCUGUCCCAGCUGUAAACUUCAUUGUCCUUUGUUGGAUGAUAUUUUAAAUGGAUAUAAAAUAAAUUGGUCUAAAGGGCUGCCCUCCUUGUUGUGUUUUUAAAUUUUAGUUAAAACUGCUACAGCUUAUGACUUUGUACAGUAAGAUAAUUGUAUUGAUCUUUUUUCAGAUUCCUUGUAUUUUUUAAUAAAGUAAUCUUAAAUAAAACCCAGAUAGGUUAAAGUGUUAGAAAUUUUAAAUAGCUUACAUUGUUAGUUUAAAGUUAUUCUUCCUCCCACCCCAAUCAGAGCUUUUGACCCUUUGGUUAUUGAGUUUAAACUUCAACUGAAAUUCAAUACUAUUUAUUUAAAAAAAAAAAUCACUAAACUGUGCCUAAAGAACAUAACUGCCAUAUUAAUAUUUUGGUUUA